AUGAGAUUGAUAGAUGAAAAACCUCGUUGUAAGUAUACAGAGGAAUUACAAGGAAUUGACUUGCCCAACAUUGAAACAUCGGAAUUAAAUGGUACUAUAUCAUCGAACAGUGGUAUUCAUGUAUGUAAAAGAAGAUGGGCCAUAUUAUGCUUAUUUUCGUUAUAUUCCAUGCACAAUGCUUACCAGUUUGUACAUAUGAACAUUAUAAGCAAUAUUAUGAUACGAUACUAUAACGAAAGUUUACCAGAUGAUGAUAAUGUAAAAGCUAUGUAUGUGGACUGGCUUGCCUCAUUAUAUAUGUUGAUUUAUCCUUUAUUUAUUCUACCUGGAUUAUGGUUACUGAAUAGAUAUGGAAUAAAAAUGAAUAUUAUAUUCGGAGUAACAUUAAAUUGUUUAGCCUCGUGGAUUAAAUGUGUUGCUGUUCAACCCGACCGAUUCUAUAUCUUAUUGAUAGCUCAGAUAUUAAAUGGUUUGUCUAAUAUAUUUGUAACAAGUUUUCCUCCUCAGAUAUCUGCAGUGUGGUUUGGUGCCGAUGAAGUGUCCUUUGCUACAGCCCUUGGUGUGUUAGCUAACCAGUUAGGAAUAGCUAUUGGAUUGAUAGUGCCACCAAUGCUCGUGCCGAAUAGUGAUAAUUUAGAUGAUAUUAAUUUAGGAUUGGGUAUUAUGUUCUAUGCGGGAGCUGCAAUAGCUACACUAAUAUUUCUAUUGAUUUUAAUCUCUAUAGAAAAUAAACCUGAAUUACCUCCAAGCUAUGCCCAGUUAGCUAUUAUAAAAGGAAUCAAAACCGUAGAUUAUCGUCAUUCAUUUAAAAUAUUAAUCCAACAGCCAUCAUUUAUAUUCAUAUCAAUAUCGUAUGGUCUUAUAACUGGUGUAUAUUUUGCUAUAGAAACAUUAUUGAAUAAUAUAAUAUUAUACUAUUAUCAAAAUGAAGUGGUAAAUGCUAGCAGAAUUGGUUUAGUUAUUAUCCUAGCUGGAAUUGUUUCGUCUAUUUUAGCUGGUUUAUGGUUGGAUAAGUUUAAAACAUACAAAAGAACGUCCGUGGCUUUAUAUUGGUUAUCAACUUUAUCUAUGGUGUUAUUUACGUUUACUAUUGAUCAGAAUCAAAUAUGGAUCGUAUUUAUUACUGCCGGAAUACUUGGGUUUUUUGGUACAGCGUUUUUACCAGUGGGAUAUGAGUUUGCUGCAGAAUUAACGUAUCCAGAACCAGACGGCAUAUCAAGUGGUGUGCUUACAGCAAUGGCAAACCUCUGUGGUUUAAUUUUUACACUUGGCUUAAGAAUAGUUAUUUCUGAUUAUGGAGUGUUACAGAGUAAUAUUGCAGUAAUAGUUAUAUUUGUGAUCGGUGGCAUUGUAACUAUGUGUAUCAAACCUGAUUACAAAAGGCAGACUGUAGAAGAAAACCGUGGUACUUUGUAG